AUGUCCGACCGGGCGGAGGAAGAAGAGGCGCCAUUCGUCCUAGUCAAACCAAAACGACGCCAAUUUCGCCCAACACAACCCGCAAACCCAGCCGCUUGCGGUUCAAGAAGCUGCUCAUCAAGCAACGGAUCCAUCUCAACCACUUGCUCUAGUAGUGGGUUUAGCUACUCUCGUCAUCCCCAAAGGUCUGCUCGACGAAAUCGCACCGCCGCUUGUGCAUCUCACAGAGUCAAUGACGUUGAGCAGGAGGAGAGGACGAUAAAGAGGGCUUUUGAGGUGAUAGAUGUAUUUGUUGCUUAUCUUUCUUCUGCUCUCUCAGAGGAGCGCAGUGAUGCAGAUAGGCAAGGGAGGAGGAGUUAUGCUCAGCUAUUAGCUUCGACUUUCGCCUCUGUCUGGUCUGACCAUAAGGCGGAAGGAAAAGCUGAGGUGCCGAAGAAGAUUGUGUGUUUGGGAUUGGGUUCUCCGACAAGUUCACGGAGCGCACAAGUUCAGUUGGCGUUACUGGUUGUGGUUCGAACCUACAUCUCUCUUCUCCCGUCUUCUGAGAGAGAUGGAGAUACUGAAGCCGUAACUUUGACCUCGGACCCGGACAACAAGGCAUCAGUGAAGGGGGAGAGGAAGCAAACUCAGACAUCCAAUGGAGCCGCGGUGUUGAACGGGGAAAGGCGGGAAAGGCUGCAUGGUGAAAAGGGGGCAGUAGUGGAUUGUGUAGCAUACGACCCAGUCUUUACCUCUGCCGAUAUCAAAUUGCUGGCUAGGUACGGCGUUCGAGCACUUGCACCCUACUCUACACCACCAUCGGAUUCGAGAUCGGACCCUACCACAUCGAAUCCGAGUGUAACACCAGCAACAAACGCCUCAGCCUCCUCCAUCCCCUCACAGGCAGAAAAGACUGUCAAUCAAGGCACAGCGGUGGAGGAAGAGACAAUCGAUUGGCACUACACCAGAAUCCGAACGCCAACCCUUGUUUAUAUGCCUCACUGCGAUAGAGAGCUAUACGAACAUAUCCUCUCUCUAAACUACCCCCCCUCCUCCACCGCCAUCGCUGCUGCAUCACCAACAGUGCUGCUGUCAAACAUUCUGAAGAACUAUACCACUUUCAACAGCCACCUCGGAGAAACUUGGCCAACUUUGCAUCGGUUGAUACCGCAAUUACGGAUCGUCGAGGUUCCGAAUUGGCAGUCUGGGAAACCAAGUGCGUUGAUUCCACAAGAAGCACAAGAGCAAGGAGGGGGAAAGGAUGAGAGGAGAAGAGAAAGGGGUUUGGAGGUGGUCGGGGAAUUCGUCAAGAUGUGGGACAAGAAUGCGUUACGAGAUCUUGGCUUUCAUUGGCUCUAG